UAUGCUGUUCCGCACUACGCAAGCACUGGACGAAUUGAUAAAAUAUGUGUUCUCUCGAGAAGCGGGACCGUGUCUUCAUCCUAACCCUCACCGGCGACGGCGAGCACCGCCUCUCUCCCGACGCCAUCUCCUCCAUCCGAAGCGCCCUCUCCCAUGCCAAAUCCGAAUCCGUUGCUGCCGGCGGCCGAGGCUUCGCCCUCGUGACUACAGCCGAAGGCCGCUUCUUCUCCAACGGAUUCGAUCUCUCUUGGGCCAGAUCCGGCGGCUCCGCUUCCGCCGCUCAAUCUCGUCUCCAUUCCAUGGUCUCCGACUUCCGCGCCCUCGUGGCCGAUCUCAUAUCCCUUCCGAUGCCGACCAUCGCCGCCAUCAACGGACACGCGGCCGCCGCCGGCUUCAUGCUCGCGAUAAGCCAUGACUACGUGGAGAUGAGGGGAGACAGAGGCGUACUUUACAUGAGCGAAAUUGAUAACGCUAUGCCUUUCCCUCCGUAUUUCUUGGCGUUGAUGAGAUCGAAGAUCUCCGAUCCAAAGGUUCUCCGAGAGAUCGUACUCGAGGGGAAGAAGAUCGGCGCCGCAGAAGCGGCGGCAAAGGGGAUUAUCGAUCGAGCUCACGGCGGCACGAAGGAGACGUUGGAGGCGGCUGUGCGUCGGGCGGAGGAGCUGGUUGCAAGGAAUUGGAUCGGUGGAGUUUACGGUUCGAUUAGGAAGGGAUCGUUGCGGGAGAUUAGUUCUGCGUUAGGGUUUCCUCCGGAGACUGAAGAAGAUAGGUUAAAGCUGCUAUCGGCCAAUCUCGUCAAUUGUUGUCCCCAUUGA